AAACUAACUGAUUUUCUUCUUUCAGGAAAGUUUAAAAUUUCCAUAGUGAAGAUGUAGGGUCCAGGUGCUUUGACUGCACCACACGGCGGUGAGCGGAGUGAAAAUAAUAAAGUAAAGAGGGGCGUAGCGAGGAGGUUUAGCGCCAAUUUAAAUGAACUCCUCCCUGACGUCAGAGCUUCGACUCAUCUGUUCUGUGCAAGGCGCGAGCUCAGCUCAGACUACCGAACAAAGCGGCGAAGAGACCGAGCUGCUGCUGCUACAUAUUUCCUUUUUGACACGGAGAAGAGUGAACUUCACGGGCAGAGACCUGAGGUUUGCUCUGAACGUUUCAGCGGCCCGUGAGAGGAUAAUGCGGGGACAACAGGAAGAGAAGAACCCGAAGUCUGCCGCUGUGGGAGCUCCCAAAGAGAUUACAGUACGGCCGAGAAAGAGGAAGGCAGAUGUUGCUAUUUUUUUACAAGACCUGGAUGAGGAUGUAGACGGGAUGACGAAGAAGAAGCACCGUGAGUCUGAGAUGAGUUGCAGCCUUGAUGUGGAUUACAAAAGUCCUCGGAGCCAGACGCCCACAUCUCAACAUGAUGAGGGCCGCCGGGUUUCCCUGACCAGUGUGAACCUCUUUCACUACAACUUUCACAACAUCUUUGUAACACCGAUUCAUUGCACUCCGCUCCCCAUGUUGUGCUGGGCCAGUAAGGAUGUGGUCUGGAACAACAUGCUGGAGAAGGAUAGGACCUACACCAGGGAUGUCCACAUGUUAGAGAAGCAUCCUCAUCUGCAGCCCCAGAUGAGAGCAAUCCUUUUGGACUGGCUCAUGGAGGUAAGUGAGGUGUACAAAUUGCACAGAGAGACUUAUCACCUCGCUCAAGACUACUUUGAUCGCUUCAUGGCUACACAGAGGAACCUCUUCAAAUCAGCGCUGCAACUCAUUGGUAUUACAUGUCUCUUCAUUGCUGCCAAAGUGGAGGAGAUGUAUCCUCCAAAGAUCCACCAAUUUGCCUAUGUUACAGAUGAAGCAUGCACAGAAGAUGAGAUUCUUAAUAUGGAAAUCAUUAUUAUGAAGGAGUUAAACUGGUGUCUCAGUCCACAGACUCCCAUCUCCUGGCUUAACAUCUACAUGCAGGUGGCCUACCUGAAAGACACAGAGGAGCUGCUGAUCUCGAGGUACCCUCAGGAGACCUUCACACAGAUUGCAGAGUUGCUGGACCUGUGUAUGCUUGAUGUGAGGUGCCUUGAGUUUUCCAAUGGCAUCCUUGCUGCGUCUGCACUGUUUCACUUUUCCUCUCUUGAGCUGGUGGAAAAUGUCUCAGCUCUCACGAGGGUUGAGGUGGAGGAGUGUGUGAGGUGGAUGGUGCCGUUUGCCAUGGUGCUGCGAGAGGCCGGUGGGUCACGAAUGAAAACCUUUGCAGGAAUCCUUGCGGAUGACAUGCACAACAUCCAAAGCCACACUUCCUACCUUACAUGGCUGGACAAGGCCUACACCUACCAGGAUGUGGAUCUGAAGCAUCACAGCAGCUGUCCUGUUCCCUCCGGCGUCCUGACUCCACCUCUGAGCAGUGAAAAAAGAGAAGAGUUGAAUGGAGCAGAAGUUGCAGAACCGGAAAUCAGACCAAGGAUGUGCAUGCCCUCCCCCCAGCCCCACCUUCCGCAGUAGAAAGAGACAGAUUUCUGCCUGGAACUGAAAGGCAAGUUAGGCAAAAUGUAUGCUGAUUGGUAGGAUAUGGAAGGUUUUCAGUACUUCAUGAGAGAAAGAAACUUAAGGUAUCACUCCUCUCAAUCCCUGCAGGAAUGUUGCCCACUCGGCCCUCCGGUCUGCAGGCAAAUUAGGAAGUCCCAGGAAGCGAUUUGUUCUUACAGCAUUGCACCUGUAUUUCGUUCCUAUGCUUGUCUAUGCAGGGGCAUUGUGGAGUCAACAUUUUACAUGUUCUUUAGUUGAUUGUGUGCAUGACAUUUAACAGUGAUUGGUGUGUUUUAAAUGUUUUACCUUUUUUUUUUUUUUGUCUCAUUUGCCCAAGAACUAUUUCUAGGGUCAUAUUUGGUCCUAUGUGCUGCUAUAAAGUGGGCUUUGCAUGAUGGGAAGUUUUGUGUGCAAGAAAUGGCAUGUUCUUCUCUUGUUUCCUUCUCUCAUGUUAUUGGCUGAAACAUGGCCAUGGUUUUCUUUGGGACCAGUAGCUUGGCUACCUCAAAGGACAGGUGAACCAACCAGGCUUUUAAAGCUACAACAUUGAUUGUAUUUAAUUUAAUUUUUUUUUCACAACUUGCAGUUUUUACCCCCAUCAAAAUGUCAGAUUUCUAAUAACUUUUUAUAUAUAUAUAUAAAAUGCUGCUACAUGUUUUUCAUUAAAGGUUCUUAAGUUUUUUUGUGAUAUCCAUGCAUUAGCUUUUUUUAAGGCAGUUUUUUUUAAAGGUUUUAAUGUCUUAGUCUUGUUUAUGGUAAAUGGUAGCUGUAUCACAAGGUUUGAUUCCACUAGGUGUCAGUGUCAUGCUUUCAGACUGAAUUAAUAUUCCUGAUGCAUUUAUAGCAACAUAAAGUAUUAUCAAACUGGUCUUUUUUAAGGAAAUUAAGCUAACUUCAUUCAGAUUUUUUUUUUAAAUCCAAAUAUUUAACAAUAAUGUAUGAUUUCCCAAUAAACCUAAAUAUAUUCAUG